UCUCUAACCUUUCCCCCAUCGGAUCGGUUGGUUGGUCGAAUCUACCUCGCUACACAGUGGUAGGGGUAGAGGGAGGGUAGAAGAGAAGAGGGGGGAAUCGCCGGAGGGUUCGAGAAGAUUCUAGAGGGAUGGAGGAGGCGGCGGCGGCGAGCAACGGGGGGCUGCUGUACCACGAGGUGCAGGAGGGGAAGCUCUGCGCCGUGCACUGCGUGAACACCACCCUGCAGGGGCCCUUCUUCUCCGAGUUCGACCUCUCCGCGCUCGCCGUCGACCUCGACCAGCGGGAGCGCCAGGUCAUGUCCGAGGGCGCGGCCGGCGCCGCCACCACCGCCGCGGGGGACUUCCUCGCCGAGGGUGAGGGCUCCCACAACGUCUCCCUUGGAGGAGACUUCAGCAUCCAGGUUCUGCAGAAGGCACUUGAAGUUUGGGAUCUGCAAGUUAUCCCCCUUGACUCCCCAGAUGUGGGGUCAUGCCUAUUUGACCCUGAGCUGGAAACUGCUUUCAUUUGCCAUCUGCAGGACCACUGGUUCUGCAUUAGGAAGGUAAAUGGAGAGUGGUACAACUUCAAUAGUCUGUACCCUGCUCCUGAGCAUCUAUCAAAGUUUUACCUAUCAGCUUUCAUCGACACCCUGAAGGGGUCAGGCUGGAGUAUCUUUGCAGUGAGGGGCAAUUUUCCUAAGGAGUGUCCCAUGGCAACGGAAGGCUCUAAUGGUUUCGGGCAGUGGCUGACUCCUGAUGAUGCCCGGAGGAUAACCUCCUCUUGUAACCAGGUCCAAACACCUACUCAGCAGGCAGGCGUCUCUCUAGUUGCUGAUCAAUCAGAGGAAAUGAGUGAAAUGGAUAUGAUUGCUGCACAGCAGGAAGAAGCUGACUUAAAUGCUGCUAUAGCUGCUAGCCUGAUGGACACUGGGGGUCCAUUUGCUAAUUAUGCAGCUCACGAAGAAAGCAGGUCUCAGGAUGCUUUUGCAAUUGAAUCAACAUCAGGUGAAAUGAGCAAAGACGGCAAUCUGGAGGAGCAAGGGGCUAACAAGUCUGAAACAAGCGAGCCUAACAGCGAUAAUAUUGAGUCUGCUUCAGGCAGUAACCCGAAGCAGAACACUACCUCUUUAGAGGGAAAAGAAUCUAUAAAAGAAGAUUAGGACGGCAUGAUUCGGGAUGGAACUGUAUUAGAAUAUACAGACAACAAAAAGAAAAAAGAAAAAGAGGGGAUGCAUUUCAACUGCUCUCCAUUUGACUGGGGGAGUGAUGCUAUUGUGAACUUCUUUCUGAUCUGUGAAUGCCGUAUACAAAUCGUCUGAACUGCCCUGCUUAAAAACUUGACUUUUGUAGCAUUAUGUUUAAACUGCAUAGAGACUAGAAUGGAGGCUUUGUCUCGUUCUUUUCCAUCUCAACUUUCGCAUAUACACCUUUUCCUUUUACAGCUGCAGCAACUAUGAUCUUGAAUCUGUUGUAUCUUUUCUGUUAUCGUCUGCAGUAUGGUAUAGUAGCAGCUCAAAACUCAGGCAUGUUUAGUAUGUUUCAUGCAAGUAUGAAUGCAUUUUUGUUUGAGAAAUA